CUGACUCUGGACCGGAAGUGGGAAGUAAGCCGCCUGUCUCAGGUCCCGGGGAGGUCAGGGGUGAGAGUGUAAAGAUGGCGGCGAACAUGGCGAGGAACCGGUCGUGGGUCGGGAUACGGAGGUUCGGGCUGCCGGCCUACAGGAGGUUUAGCAGUGGCAGCACCUAUCCCAGCAUACCGCUUACAGCACCCUUACCUGGGGUGCCCAAACCAGUGUUUGCAAGAGUAGACGGACAGGAGAAGUAUGAGACUAAGGUCACCACCCUGGAGAAUGGCCUGCGGGUGGCCUCUCAGAACAAAUUUGGACAGUUCUGCACAGUUGGCCUCCUCAUCAAUUCAGGCUCCAGACACGAAACCAAAUACCUUAGCGGCAUCUCUCACUUUCUGGAGAAGCUUGCCUUUUCUUCUACAGCACAGUUUGGUAGUAAGGAUGAGAUUCUCUUGGCACUGGAAAAACAUGGAGGGAUUUGUGAUUGUCAGACCUCCAGGGACACCACAAUGUAUGCAGUGUCUGCGGAUGCUAAGGGCCUGGACACGGUGGUCAGUCUGUUGUCACAAGUGGUUCUUCAGCCACAGUUGUCAGAUGAAGAGCUGGAGAUGACACGUAUGGCGGUACGCUUUGAAUUAGAAGACCUGAACAUGAGGCCAGAUCCAGAGCCAUUGCUGACAGAGAUGAUCCAUGCAGCGGCUUUCCGGGACAAUACAGUGGGACUCCCCAGAUUCUGCCCUAUAGAAAACAUUGAUAAAAUUAACAAAAAAACACUACACUCGUACAUGAGCAACUACUACACCCCAGACAGGAUGGUCCUGGCAGGAGUGGGAAUUGAACAUGACCAGUUGUUGGAGUGUGCCAAGAAGUAUCUGAACAAUGUGAAGCCUGUGUGGGAGUCCGGGAAGCCAAGGAGUAUCGACAAGUCCAUUGCUCAGUACACAGGAGGAAUAAUUAAGGUCGAAAAGGACAUGUCCGAUGUCAGCCUGGGGCCCACCCCCAUCCCGGAGCUGUCGCACGUUAUGAUCGGCCUGGAGAGCUGCUCUUUCCUGGAAGACGAUUUCAUCCCAUUUGCUGUACUGAAUAUGAUGAUGGGCGGUGGAGGCUCCUUCUCUGCUGGAGGACCAGGGAAAGGCAUGUUCACCAGACUGUACCUAAAUGUGCUCAACAGGCACCACUGGAUGUAUAAUGCAACCGCCUACCACCACAGCUAUGAAGACACUGGAAUCCUGUGUAUACAUGCCAGUGCAGACCCCCGCCAGGUGAGAGAAAUGGUUGAAAUUAUCACUCGGGAGUUCGCAUUGAUGGCUGGAUCAGUAGGUGAGGUUGAACUUGAUCGGGCGAAGACUCAGCUGAAGUCCAUGCUUAUGAUGAAUCUGGAGUCCAGACCGGUCAUCUUUGAAGAUGUUGGCAGACAAGUACUGGCCACAGGGAAGAGGAAACUUCCCCACGAACUGUGUUCUCUCAUCACCAAGGUGAAAGCUAGCGACAUAAAGAGAGUGGCCACUAAAAUGCUGCGGAGUAAGCCUGCAGUGGCCGCCCUGGGGGAUCUGUCGGAGUUACCUGAUUACGAUCAGAUUCAGGCCGCACUCGCCAGUAAGGAUGGACGCCUGCCGCGAUCAUACAGGCUUUUUCGAUAAAACAUGUUCUAUAUUAGAAUUGACGUGGUGUGAAAACCUGCUGCGAGGGGACGGAGUCUGCGCUGCUCCCUGCGGCUGUAUAUCCUGUUUUUUCAUCGGAGAUGAAAUAACUUAUUGGCUCGGAAAGAUUUCAGUGGAGGAGUCGGAGCCAGAACAUGUACAAGGACCCUGUCUGUCAGUCUAAAAGGGGCUCUCUGGUUAGAAACACAUUGCCACUUAUGGGGGAGAUUUAUCAAAACCUGUCCAGAGGAAAAGCUGCUGAGUUGCCCAUAGCAACCAAUCAGGUUGCUUCUUUCAUUUUUCACAGGCCUCUGCAAAAUGAAAGAAGCGAUCUGAUUGGUUGCUAUGGGCAACUCAGCAACUUUUCCUCUGGACAGAUUUUGAUAAAUCUCCCCCACGGUUCCUUAUUGUAGAAAAUAAGUGCUCCCUUUCCUCUUAAUGCAUUUCCAGUAAAUAUGUGUAUGGUUUUCCUUUCCAGCUCCUUAUUAUGGGGUGACACCAAUAUGGCCAUUAUAAGAGUUCCCUGAGGGGCUGUCCGCUUCCCUUUUGUCUGUGUGGAUGAUGUAAUGAUGAUACCAUCUAACGAAUGGCUGAAAAGUAUUACUGACGGAAGAACAUGCCUCAGAGAUGUACAUUCACUGGUGUGCUUUGAAGUGGGAUAAGCUGCUGUCAGAUACCUCUGAUACCUAUUAUUUUAAAGGGGUACUCCGGCCCGAAGACAUCUUAUCCCCCUAGAUCCUAAGACAUCUUAUCCCCAACCAAAAGGAUAGGGGAUAAGAUGUCUGACCGCGGGGGGUCCCGCCGCUGGGGACCCUCGCAAUCUCUUGCAUUCGGCACCCACAUCUUUGAGCUGCACGCCGCGCUGACAGCUCACAAACUACCGGGUGCUGACCACAGGGCCAGAGUAUUGUCGUCACCCCCCCUGCCCCCGCUAUGCAAGUCUAUGGGAGGGGGCGUGAUGGACGUCACGCCCCCUCCCAUAGACUUGCAUAGCGGGGUCCGGAGUACCCCUUUAAAAGGGUUAUCGCAGAAUUAAAAAGAUAGGUGACCAGUGGGCCCCCCCCAUGAGAAAGACACCUUUCAAGUACUGAAAGAAAGACACCUUUCUUUCAGUACUUUUCUCAGAAUUCAUUGUAGAAACUAAAGGGUGCAUUCACACUGAGGAAUAGGAGAGGAAUCCCCGCAUAAAAAUUCUGCCGCGGAAUUAACGUUGUUGUUUUUUUUUUGCACGGAAUAUAGGAGGAAACUGGGUUUCUUUUUUUGCUGAACUACAACCAUCAAUUAAAAUUUCCCUUUUAUUUAUUUUUAUUUUUUUCUGCAGAAUUUCCGUGUGAAUUCUGCGCGGAAACUAUUUUAAGCGGGAAUCUUUUGUUACCAUUGACUUCAAUGGACUUCUGCUCUCAAUUCCGCAACAAAAAUGAACAUGUUCUUUCUUCUAGCGGAACGGAAUUCCGCGAGCGGAUUUUACGCAGUGUGAACAGUGCAGAGUACAAUACAUUGAAGUCAAUGGCAAAGCAGAUGUUAAUUAUUUCUGAGUGGAGAAUUCAAGAGAAAUCGAGUAGAUUCCUCUUAAAUCACUCAGUGUGAACGCACCCAAACAGGCUCAUCUCUUAUAAAAGAGACUCAACUUCCUGGUUCCAGCAAUAAGUGUCGAUCCUGUUUAGUAUGAGAGAAAAUAGAGGCUGUAUUACGGAAACUGCACCACCCCUGUCCAAAGGUUGUGUCAGGUAUUGCAGCCUAGCUCCACUAAUGUUAAAGGAGAUGUCUCAUGGCAAAUAUUAAAAAAUAUAUA